AUGCCACCCGAGACGAGGCGACGGAAGAAGGCCAAUUUAUUCACGAAUGAUUUAAAGUCAUUGCUGUAUGCAUAUGGCGAUGUGCCGAACCCGUAUCCGGAGACGAUAAGCGUGCUAGAGGACAUUCUGCAAGAGUACAUUACCGCGAUAUGUUUCGAGGCUCACCGGGUUGCCAGAGCAGGCAGCCGGCAGAAAUUGAAGGUGGAAGACUUUAAAUUUGCGUUGCGGCACGAUGCGAUCAAGCUGGGCCGCGUGGAAGAGCUGCUGGCCAUGCAAAAGGAGAUCAACGAAGCCCGCAAGACGUUCGACAACUCAGAAGGCAAAUCGCUGUCCAAGGUAUACGACGAGAAAGAAGACGCUGCGGCAGCCGCCCCCGCCGAGGAAGGCGAUGCGAAGACGCCGCAGAACCCAGAAAAAUCGCCAGCCGGCGGAUCGUAA